CAGCAGCAGUGAUGGCAGCGGCUGUGUUUUCAUUAGUCUAAUAUUCAGAGAAGCUCCACAAUUAUGUAAGAGUGACGUGCUGUCGUCCUCUCUCGGCUGGCCUACUGCGUCGCAGAAACGUGGCCGUGUUCCUUUGAUCCUCCAUCGCUGGGGAAAAAAACCCAAAAGGACAUCUGACGGGAGUGUGUGUUCCGGCGCAGGACUUGUAGUAGUCACGCCACAGCAACCUUGCUGCUUUGGGGCUGGUUGGCAUGGACGCACUAAUGCGUUGAAGCGGCGAGGAAGAGUCUCUGCGAGGCGGAAAAGAUGAGCACGCACGAGGAGCUGCUUCGAGUCUUUAUUUGAAAAUGGAAGAAGGGUAAAUCUGGCGUAGCGUCAGCGUGAUCUGUGUGAUGCUGUUGGCCUUGGAGGAGUAUUACAGUAGAAGAUGAAGUUCAAGAAGUUCAUCACGAUCAUGCAGGCAGCAAUGGGGAUUGUACCUUUAAACAAACGAGAGCUUCUGCCACCCGGCAGGAAACUAUGGAGACCCCCGGGUGAUCAGCCUGGAGCUGACCAGACCUCGGCUGCACUUUUUAAAUCCAGCCGCAAGUUCUGUUGGCCCCGAGAAGCCCAGUACUUGUAUCUUCGCCGCCUGUCUUCACGCAGCUACUCUGCAAUCAUGAUGAACCCAGUCAUGGAGGAGACUGUGUGGGAGCAGUACACAGUGACCCUGCAGAGGGAUCCAAAGAUGGGCUUCGGCAUCGCCGUGUCAGGAGGGAGAGACAACCCAAAUGAGGACAGCGGUGAAACGUCCAUCGUUGUGUCCGAUGUCCUACAAGGAGGACCAGCUGAUGGCUUGUUAUUUGAGAAUGACAGGGUGGUGCAAGUGAAUGCCAUCCCCAUGGAGGGGGUGAUUCACUCCUUUGCCGUCACAACCCUGCGAAAAUGUGGCAAAGUAGCAAAAAUUACAGUCAAGAGGUCGAGGAAGGUUCCUGUAAAUCUUCUGAAUCGUCCCGGAUCACCUGACGAUCGUGUGUUUAACAACGACUACAAUGACGAUUACAACUACGAGCAGGACCGCCGCAGUGUGUACAGCGGCAGACAGGACCAUAGCCUGGAAAGGGAAAGAGGCGGUUAUAUGGAUUCUGGUUACCAAACGCGUGAGCGCGAUUACAACAGAGACUAUGACAGACGAGAACGGGGCAGGGGUGCGGCGAGAGACUUGAGCCCGGACCAGCAGAACCGGAGAGAUGGGAGCAGAGGUCGCACAUUGGACAGAGAACAUAGUCCUGAUCGCCAUCACAAGAUUAUAGCUGAUCACAGCCCAGACAGAAGGUAUCGAAGUGAACGCACGUUAGAUCGAGAUCACAGCCCCGAUCGGCGAUACCGCAGCGAGCGAACCCUCAACCGUGACCACAGCCCAGACCGACGCUAUCGAAGUGAGCGCGGGCUGGACCGCACUGAAAGCCCCGACCUAAAUUACAGGAGGGACCACCAUAGUCCGGGACGCAGCCACGGACGCAACCGCAGCUUCGAGCGAGGACGGGAUCGAGUUCCGAGCGACACCAGAAAAUAUGAUGAGCCGUUGAAGCGAGGUAGCAGGGACCACCUGGACCGCUCACCCUCACCUGCCGCUAUGCCCAUCCCUAUGCCACGCCAUGUUCGAGGAGAACUUGAUCCACUGGAGAAACCUCUGAAUGUGCUGCUGCUCAAGAACCGGCCUGGCGAAGAGUAUGGUCUUCGUCUGGGCAGUCAGCUGUUUAUCAAAGAGAUGACCAGCACAGGACUUGCUAACAGAGAUGGAAACCUGCAAGAAGGAGACAUCAUUCUUAAGAUCAACGGCACAGUGACUGAAAACUUGUCUCUGAGCGACGCAGGCAAAUUGAUAGAGAAGUCUCGUGGGAAGUUACAGCUGAUGGUUCAGAGAGACAGACAGCAAGUGUUGAUCCGAGUCCCUCCGAUGGUGGACAGCGACUCUGAGCUUGAUGAUAUCUCUGAGAUCGAGUCGUAUCGCUCCUACUCCCCACAAGAUGAAAGGCAGGGCCAUCAUUCAGAUCUUUCCUCACAUUCCUCCAACGAGAGGCUCAGAGAGAAGCCCAGUAGAGAGGAGCCACCAAACAGGCUGGUUAAAAUGGGUGCCAUGCCGACCCCAUUCCGAGGUCAUGAUCGACCUGUGGAAGAUACACCGCCAUUGCCUGUUGAAAGGGAGGAACCACGGCCACAAACGCCACCAAAGUUAGUCGCUCCAAAGGUUCAAGCUCCACCAAAGGUGCCUUUAAAGCCAAACGUAGAGGACCAGGAAGUGUACGGGCCAAACACGGUGAUGGUUCGUUUUCAGAAAGGUGACAGCGUUGGGAUGAGGCUUGCAGGAGGAAACGAUGUUGGCAUCUUCAUCGCUGGCGUACAAGAUGAUAGUGCAGCUGAACACCAAGGUCUUCACACUGGAGAUCAAAUUGUUAAGGUGAAUAACAUGGACUUUAGAGGUAUGGUUCGUGAGGAUGCAGUCUUGUACCUCCUGGAGAUCCCUAAGGGUGAAGAUGUGACCAUUCUUGCUCAGAGCAAACCUGAAGUUUACAAAGACAUUUUAGCCUCUGGCAGAGGUGACGCUUUCUUCAUCAGGACCCACUUCGAGUAUGACAAAGAAGCCUCACAAAGUCUUCCUUUCGCCAGAGGAGAGAUUUUCAAAGUUACAGAUACACUUUAUGAUGGCAAGCUGGGCAACUGGCUGGCAGUGCGUACGAACAAAGAAAACCAGCUGCUGGAGAAAGGCAUCAUUCCAAAUAAGAGCAGAGCAGAGCAAAUGUCCAACGUCCAGAAUGCUGCACGAGCUGCAUUGGGCAACGACAGAGGAGACUUCUGGAGGCUGCGAGGACAACGAGCAGCCAAGAAAAAAGACCUUCGUAAAAGUCGGGAGGAUCUCAGUGCAACUCCAAUUGCCUCACGAUUCCCAGCCUAUGAGAGGGUGGUCCUGCGUGAAGCUGGUUUCAAGAGACCUGUUGUGAUCUUUGGACCCAUUUCUGAUGCUGUGAAUGAAAAACUGGCCAACGACAUGCCAGACCAGUUUAUUGUUGCUAAAACAGAGCCAAAGGAUGCAGGAACCGAGAAAUCUUCCGGAGUUGUGCGAUUGAACACAAUCCGACAAAUCAUUGAACAGGACACUCAUGCAUUGCUGGAUGUGACACCCAAAGCUGUUGACACCCUGAAUUACACUCAGUGGUAUCCCAUCGUGAUCUUCCUCAACCCUGACAGCAAGCAAGGAGUCAAGACUAUGAGGAACCGCCUCCUGCCAGGAUCCAACCGCAGUGCACGCAAACUUUAUGAGCAGGCGGUCAAAUUGAGGAAGACCUACUCGCACCUUUUCACUGACUCGAUUGACCUCAACUCAGCCAAUGAUGCUUGGUAUGGCAGCGUGAAAGAUUCAAUCCGAGAGCAGCAGGAUAGAGCUGUGUGGGUGUGUGAGGGCAAGUUGGACGGUUCAGAGGAGGAUCUAGAUCUCCAUGACGACCGCAUGUCCUACCUGUCUACCAUGAGCGCGGACUAUUUGAGCAUGGACAGCCGGCUCACCAGUGACUAUGAUGACACAGCUGAUGAGGGCGGGGCUUACACGGACAACGAGCUGGAGGAGCCGAUGGAUGAACCCCAGCCUGUGUCAGCCAUCAGUCGUUCAUCAGAACCCGUGCUACCAGAUGAGAAGCCCCAUCCUGAGCCCCGGGCUCGUACGAGAAGCACAAGCAACAGAGAAGCACUAAACAGACAGCCAAGUCCUCCUCCUGCUUUUGUCCCAGUACCUCCAAAGGUACGGGCUCACACCCUGGCUGAGCCGUCACGUAGUUACGACUCACAGUCCAGCAGCACCAUCAGCAGCGAUGCGGCGGGCGUCAACAAGCCACUUCCUCCUCCACUGGCCCUGAAGCCAACUCGCCUCAGCCAAACAUCGGAGGAGCAGAGCACAGAGAAGGAAGAGGACGACCCUGCUAACAAAUCCUUCAUGGGCAAGCAAUCCAGGCAGCAGAUCAAAGCCUUUGAGAAAAUGGACCACUUGGCAAAAGCUCAGAGGAUCCUUGAAUUGCAGGAAGCAGAAAAUGCCCGAUUGGAAAUCGCUCAGAAGCAUCCGGACAUCUACGCCAUCCCCAUGAAAUUACCCAAACCAAAUCUCAACCGUCCUCAGCCUAUAGGUUCCAGCUCCAAUCCUGAGCCACAGGCUUCAUCCAGGCAGCAGUACUCUGAGAACAGACAUGAUGAAGAUGAGGCAGAGUACCGCAGACAGCUGGCUGACAGCAACAAGAGAGGAUACUACAAUACUCAGAAAUACAAGGACACAGAGUUGUAGUAAAAAAAAAACACAUGACAUCAUCAUUACAUCAUUACACAAUGACAUAUUAGAUAUAUAUGUAGGUAUAUA